AUGGCUCAUUUGUUAGGUAGUCAGGACUGUAUCGACAGUCUUCGCAGAGAUCUUAUUGAUUUACAGGGAGCGCUUCUGGACGUAUUUUCCAAGACUGGACCAGUCCGUUUUCCAUCGUGGAAGUUUCCCGAUAAACUAUCAUGUAACCUGGACUUGGUGAGGCUUUUAGAAGAGUAUGAUUAUGUGGAUGGCGAUGAAGAAUUCAGUCAGCACUCGCAUAUAGUCCUGCAAGAGUUGCUGAUUGACAGAUUAAUGCUUCUUCUCCAGAGUUUUAACAUUCACGCUGAGCUGUGGCUUGAAAAUCAGAACGCUUCAUCCUCUGAACAGAAUGAAAUCUCUGUUUCCAUCGGCCCUGUGGUCAAACACUACUGGAGGAACCUUCUUCAGCUCAGCAGUCAACAAACACAAGAGAGAAAAAGUAAUGGACAGCCACCUCCAACUCAUUCCGGAACAGCAGCGAAAACUCCUUCCAUGACCAGCAUCCGUGAAACCAGCACAAAUAGCUCAGCUUCAACUCCCCAACACGAGAGAGUGUCCGCCGCAGGCUCCUGCGUGUCUGCUCACACCGUAGGCUGUCAGACCGUAGAGUCCGCCCUGCUGCCCUGUGAGGCCUGCGCUUGCGUUCAGGCGGUCAUGAAGGAGAGCAGUGACGCUCUAGUGUCUUUGUGCCAGUCUCUGGGUUUGCCUUGCUCCAUGCAGGGCUUCCUGGAAGCUGUGGAGGAAACGCAGCAGCUGGGCCGCUUGUCUGCGUGUGAUAUUUCCCAAUGGGCAAGUGAGCAGCGUAGAGAUUUGAGCCGCGUGGGAAAACACGUCCUCGAGGUGAGAGAGCCGCUGAAAAAGAAGCUGAAAGAGACAGAGAGUGAGAGAGAGAGGCUGAGAAAACAGCUGUCAGAGAUGGCCAAAAGAGAGAAGGAGGAUAGGAGGAAGACGGAGGAGGAGUGGGAGCGCAGAAUGCAGGAGGUGAAAUCCAAGGGAGAGGAAGCAGAAAGGAGGCUGAAAGAGGAGAAGGAGGAUUUAAAGAAAGGCGUGACAUUGUUAGCAGACCGAAAUUCUGAACUCAUGGCAGAAGUGAAUUCGCAAACAGAAGUAAAACAGAGUCUUGAAUUUGAGAGGAGUGCACUACAGGAGGAAGUUCAUCGUCUGCUUUCACUAGAGACCGCGUUAAGAGAGGAAGAGGAGAGCAGGCAAAACCUGGAGAAGGAGCUCAGAAGUACACAGACUCUGUUGAGCAAAGAGAGUGCCAAGAGCCACAGUCUUCAACGCCAACAUGAGGCGCUUCAAGUGAAACAGGCAGCUCUGCGUAAGCAUCUGGACGUGCUGGUUCAGCAGACUGAAGAUCUGCAUAGCAGUCUGGAAGAAUGUGAGGAUGAAAAAAACGAUCUUGCCAACAAACUCACACAGAUCAUUCAAGAAAAAGAUGCACUUCAGGAGCAACUUACACAGCAGCAGUCCCAGUGUAGUUUGCUGAGUACUGAGAAACAGAAGAAGCAGACACAGAUCACAGAACUGGAGGAGAGAGCGUCUCGACUGAAAGAGAUGCUUGAAGACGCCACCCAGAGAGAGAGGUUACUGGUGGCCUUUCCUGAGCUCAACCCACAAGCAGCACCCCAGACUACAGGUGAUGUGAUGUGUGAUAUGGAGCAGCAGCUGAAGGCAAACUCAUUGAGGAUCAGGAUCCUGCAGCAGGAGAACAGCACCCUGAGUAACAGUCUAGAAAGACUGAGGGACCACGAGAAGAAACAAAGGUCUUCAGAUUCUGGGAUAACUGAGAUGGACAGAAGCGGUGAAGCUCCAGCGAUGGGAACCUCAGACAACUCUAGCACCCCUUCAACAGCCUGCUCUCGCUCCUCCCCUUCAUCCGCUCUUCAUCACCAGACUCUCCACCUCUCUCUGCAUCAAGAUGUGGAAGAAAGGUACAUGAAUAUCCGCAGCACUACUCGCAGCCGGUCUGCAGGCACACGUCGCAGAAGGAAAUGAGGUCGCUUAGGGAACAUAUCGGUCCGAAGAUUUAGACAUUCUUCUGACUUAUGUGUUUUAUUGGACAGCACGCAUUUGAAUGUAUAAACAUCUCUAAAGCCAAGCGUCUUCUGGAUUAUAGCGGACACAAUGCUGUUAUCAAAAGUCCCGGACAACUUAAUGCUAAAAAAUCUGACACGUGCACAUUUGUACAUUUAGACACUAAAAAAAGGAUAUUAGAAGCCCUACCAAUAAAAAAAUAAAAAAACAUUGAACUUUAAAUUGAUUUCAUUUUUUAUUUUCUUCAUGAAUCGCUAACCUCUAAACCUUAUGACAUUUACUCAGUUCUGUGUGACACCUGUGUGCCUUGAGCAUUAG